CCAAACAAUUUUCUGUCAUUCUUGAGCUCGCUGCGGACGAGCUCUGAAGGUGCUACCCUAGUCAUUUUGUUCUUAAUCGACCACGAUGUGUUCACUUAAUUUUAGACAGUUCUUUGCGUUUUGUUUGAUUUUAUGUUAUCAUCAUAUUAAAGUUGUAAGCUCCUCUCGCAGUGGACACUAUGUUGGAUGUUACAAAGAAAACUCAGGAAAAGAUUUCGAAACCCUUGGCCGGUACUUUUCCGAUUUUCGUCACGAUUUUGAUGAUAUGACACCGAAACGCUGCUUUCAACUUUGUUUUCGAAGAGGCUUCAAAUAUGCGGGAGUUCAAUUCGGACGAGAAUGUUACUGCACCAACAAAGAAUUGGAUAAACAUAAGAAGACUGCGGAUGGAGCGUGCCAAAUGCCUUGUCCUGGCGAUGAAACCAAAAAGUGCGGUGGCGUUAUGCGUCUUAGUGUCUAUGCAACUGGAUUGAUGGCGAUAGAGUCUCUACCGCAUGGUUUCCAUCUUGGAUGCUUUAAAGAGAACUCAGGAAAGGAAUUUGAAACUAAAGGACGAUUCUUUUCUGAUUUUCGGCAAGACUUCGAUACCUUGACUCCUCAGUUGUGUAUGGAGGUGUGUUUUCGGGCAGGAUUUAAGCUCUCCGGAGUUCAGUUUAAGAGAGAAUGCUAUUGUAGCGACAAAGCGCUGGAUUUGACCAAACAAACCGAUGAGGGAACUUGUGAUUUACCGUGUUCUGGGAACGCAAAUCAGAGAUGCGGCGGUGUUUUACGACUGGACGUUUUUGCAACAGGAUGGACCGCUAUUGAUUCACUUCCACGCGGAUUUCAUCUGGGAUGUUUCAAGGAAAAUUCAGAUGCAAUUUCAGAUGCGAUGCGAAUUUUCCCUGAAUACCGCCAGGACCUUGACAACUUGACACCAAAACUUUGCACAGAUGUAUGUUCCAGAAAUGGUUUCGCAUAUGCUGGCGUUCAAUUUGGGAAAGAAUGUUAUUGCUCCAGUAUGCCAGUCGAUAUGACGAAACAAACAGAUGAGAAGACAUGUAACAUGCCGUGCGCUGGAGAUGCAUCACAGAGAUGCGGUGGAACCUUGCGUCUGAAUGUUUAUGCAACCGGCCACAAGCAGGGAAAAGCUGAAGAGUCCCCACCAAGCGGGUCUCAUUUAGGUUGCUUCAAGGAAAAUUCUGGGAGGGAAUUUGAGACUCUCGGUAGAUAUUUUCCUGACUUUCGCCGAGAUUUUGACGAUCUUACACCGAAACGCUGCUUCGAACUUUGUUUCCGCAGAGGGUUCAAAUUUGCCGGCCUUCAAUUCGGAGUUGAAUGCUACUGCACGAAUAAAGAACUGGACGAACACAGAAAAACAGUAGACAGCGCUUGCCAAAUACCAUGCCCCGGCGAUGCUGCGGAAAAAUGCGGAGGCAAACUGAGGUUAAAUGUUUAUGCAACUGGUCUGACAGCGAUUGACUCUCUUCCAAGUGGAUUCCAUUUAGGUUGUUUCAAAGAAAAUUCAGGUCACGAGUUUGACACCAAAGGAAGAUUUUUCCCAGAUUUCCGCCAGGAUUCUGAUCAUCUAACGCCGAAACUUUGCCUCAAAAUAUGCUUCGAAAACGGCUACAAACUUUCUGGAGUGCAGUUUGGGAGAGAGUGUUAUUGCAGUAAUAAAAAACUGGAUAUUACUAAACAAACGGAUGAAGACUCAUGCAAAAUGGGGUGCACUGGAGACUCUAAGCAAAAAUGUGGCGGUGUCAUGAGAUUGAACGUGUACGCUACCGGAGUGUCAAGUAUCAAUUCUCUCCCAAACGGAUUUCAUCUGGGCUGCUUCAGAGAGACGGAGGGUCACGAUGUUCAAAAUUCUGAACGGAUCUUCCCUGAUUUCCGCGAGGAUUUUGACCAUCUAACUCCGAAACUGUGUCUCCGGUUGUGUGCCAAAAAACAAUUUAGAUUAGCCGGCGUUCAAUUCGGGAAAGAAUGUUACUGCAGCAACAGGGAGUUGGACAUGAGUAGACAAACCAAACCAGAUGAAUGCAAAAUGACCUGUUCUGGAGAUGUCUCUGAGAAAUGCGGUGGAGUAUGGCGCAUGAAUGUUUAUGCAACAGGAGUUUCAGAGGCUGGUGGCGAAAAUCACGUGCAGGAUAAAGUCGACUCACCGACUCAGCAGACUAUGCCCACAACAUCAAGUUCUUGCGUGCCUGCAAGAACGAUGAUCACCAACGAGAAGGGUCCAAGACGACAUAAACCAGCUUGUAAAAAUUCAGUCAUUCUCUUCGACGAUUUCGAAAAGAUUGAUUUGGAUCGGUGGCAGUAUGAUGUCAAAAUACCAUCAAAACCGGAUUAUGAGUUUAGCGUCUAUGAUUCUAAGCCAGAAAACAUUUUCAUCAAACACGGAGCGUUGCACAUUCAACCGACGCUUUUAAAUGAAAGUUUCGUUGAGAAUGGGAAACUUGAGUUAGAAAGAUGCACAGGGGACAUGUUCAAUGACGAAUGUACGAGAGGGACUGAAUUUUUCAUCUUACCACCGGUUCAGUCCGCUCGGAUCACAACAAAACAAAAGUUCAGCUUUCAGUACGGGUUAAUAGAGAUUCAAGCCAAAUUUCCUUCUGGUGAUUGGAUUGCAGCAGAUAUACGACUGAUUCCUGUUACUUACUCUUACGGUCCGUUCUACGAGUCCGGCACCAUUCGGAUACUCUCGAGAGGGAACUCUAACUUAAAAACUGAGGAUGGCCGAGAAAUAGGAGGGCGGACCGUGGAGGCCUCCGCAAUGCUAGGUUAUGGGGCCAAGGUCAGAUCGAAAUCAGUAUAUUACAAUGAUAGGUCCGAAUGGCAUCAGGGAUUCCACAACUUUACUAUCUUAUGGACCCCAGAUGAUAUUAUGUUCAUGGUUGAUGGGAAGCAGCGGCAGAACAUGAUGUCAAAUGCCCCCGGCUUGAAACUCAGCGAUGCAGUCGGCUUUCCCAGCUCUGAAAUCAAACUCUGGAACACGGGGACGUCCAUCGCACCAUUCGAUCGACCCUUUCACGUAAGUCUUGGUGUUUCUGUUGGUGGUAUACGAGACUUUGAAGAUGGAUGCGAUAACAAUGGCAAACCAAAACCAUGGUCCAACAGCGAUCCUAGGGCAAUGACGUCAUUCUGGAAUAACCGGCAGGAAUGGCAAACAACUUGGCGAAAAGAAGAUUCGGCAUUUAUCGUCAAAUCGAUCAAAAUCACCGCAGUUUAACUUGACUAUAAAUGAUGAUGAAGUUUCACUUACAACUUGAGACGCCUGAAAUAAAAAUGUGGAUUUCCGAUUUAUGUGACGCAUUAGCUGCAUGAAUACCUGGCUGUUUUGCAAUCGUAGUUUGUUUCGCGUCUUCAUAGUUAACUGGAGUCACGAUACAUACAUUCUGUCUUUCCUCGGAAUAAUAAAGACAAAAAGACUGCGUGAAAAUGUAUUAAUUUAUUAUUAAACUUUACCCGUUUUGGCAUGUC